AUGGGGAAGAUGGACGAUUGCUUCCAUAAUAUUGGCGAACAACAGCGGAAAUAUGAUGAGUAUUUUUACGAUGGCGAUAUACCAAAGCUGGAAGCUGUUGAUGAUGAGCGAUGUGUAAUUAUUUCUAAGGAUUGGUUUGAUAAAUGGAAGACAUACAUACGUCGCUCGCGAACGGAGAGCGAUAACAAGGCUGAUAUUACGGGAAAAGGUGAUCCACCUGGCCCCCUAGACAUCUCUUCUAUAACAAGUGAUGGGAAGCUAAAAAUCAAUCUUGCUUUGAGAGUUGAUGUAAUGUGUAUUCCUGAAGCAUUGUUUGAGAAGCUUACUAAUUGGUAUGGCUUCGAAGGUGAUGAAAGGGCUAUUCCUUAUCGCAAGGUUUACGUCACGAAUGACAAAGAACCGUCCUUUGACUUAUAUCCACCUUUCCUUCAUUUGCGUCCGCGCAGAGAACACAAAGAACUUGAUUUGGAGUGCGACUCUAAGGAAACGAUUGGUUAUGUCAAGAACUACAUAAGAAACAAAAAUGGUCUUAAAUCGGAUGUGGAUAUCCACCUUUUUGACGCCAAAAAUGGAGAUAAGCUACCCGAUGAUGAAAAGGCUACCCUCAAGGAGUGCAGCCUCGACGGUGAAAAGGAUAUUGAGUAUGCGGUAGUGUCUAAGAGUAUGGCGAAUGGCAAUGGACUCCAUGGAUUAUAUUCUUACAAAAAUUUUGAUUCAUCUUAUCCUCUUGGAGUAUGUGGUUUAAGUAAUCUCGGGAACACCUGCUUUAUGAACAGUGCAAUUCAAUGCAUUGCGAGCGUUGCUCCGCUCCGUAGUUAUGUCAUCGCCAACCACUUCGAAGAUCAUAUCAAUUCGGAAAAUAAGCUUGGCUCAGGUGGAAAUAUUGCUCGAGCGUUUGCAUGUCUAAUGCGUCAGAUGUGGAGUGAAUGUAAUCGGGGAGGCACCUGUGUGCCGCGAGAACUAAAAAUACAAAUAGCGAAAAUCGCUCCCCAGUUUGCUGGUUACCAGCAGCAAGAUGCUCAGGAGUUGAUGAAUUUUCUAUUGGAUUUCCUUCACGAGGAUUUGAACAAAGUCAAACAGAAGCCCCCUAUCGAGGCCAAAGAUGCGGACAGGCGUCCAGACAAAGUGUUGGCGGAAGAAGCCUGGUCCAACUUCAAGAAACGUAAUGACUCGAUUAUUGUGGAUCUCUUUUACGGUCUUCUCAAGUCCACUGUUACCUGUCCUGAGUGCAAGCUCGUCUCCAUAACUUUUGAUCCAUUCAACUCAUUAAGCCUCCCCUUAACUAAUGUCGACGUAGUUGUCAGGUUUUGGCCCAGCAAGAAGUAUCUUCUACCCGUAGUACCCAGCUGUCGGGCCAAAGACAUCCUCACUUCUUUUGAACGACAUCUACCUCAUCAAGAUAGAUGUGAGUAUGUGGUGACGACUGUCUAUGGCAAUCACUUGAAGGUGAUUCCACUCACAUCGGAAGAAAGUCUACGUUUUGAAGAAGUUUGCAUCUUUAACCUUACCAAGAGUUCUUACGUCCAAAUUUUCCUUCAUGUAGAUGGAGAGGCAGAGUUGCCGCCAUUCUUGGCAAAUCUCAGAAUCAGUCAAAGGCGGUUUACAAAAAAAGACCUUAUUCUUGCCGUCAAGGUGGAGCUCUCUUCUAUUUCUGCAAAGUAUGGUGAAAUGUUCGAGCGCUUUGCUAAUUUGGAGAAGCUCAAGUUCAGCCCGGACAGUGAAGUAUUUGACCUCAAUGACGAAAGUUGCAUAUUGAUCGGGCUUCCCGAAAGUCUGGGAAUUGAACUCAACGGAUCGCCUGCUCGACUUGAUAUAAAACUGGACGACUGCAUUGACCUCUUCCUUGCGUCUGAACAACUUGGUGAUCAGGAUCUUUGGUAUUGCAAAAAGUGUCAGCAACAUCGACAGGCUUUCAAGAAAUUCGAUAUUUGGUCUCUUCCCCAGGUCCUCGUAAUUCAUCUAAAGCGCUAUAGAAGUGUCUAUCGGAUGGUCAAAAAUAAAGCAUUUGUCGAUUAUCCUGAGACGAAUUUGAAGGUGACCUGCGUCGAAGGUACCAAGGUGUACGACCUUGUGGCAGUGAGCAAUCACAUGGGUUUUGUUGGUGGCGGUCACUACACCGCAUACGCUAAAAACGGGAAAACAUGGUACAGCUUCAAUGACAGUUUUGUCGACGUGCUGCGUAGUUCUGUUGUGACUGGUGAUGCAUACAUCCUCGUGUACAUGUUGACCCUGAGACCAUCAAUGGGUACUGACCUCUUCUCGGCUUCUAACUUUUCUACUGCUUCUCUCUCAGGCAGACUUCAAUAUUUUGUAUUUCGUUCUUCGAGCUCAGCCCUUGGAAACGCGGAUGAUGCAAUCGCAUACACAUGCGGUCGUCCAUCUUGCUUACAUGGUUUCUGUGAACAACCGUUUAUUCAAUUCAACGAUGACUCAAGUGAUGUUUGUCUUAGUUACUCUGCUCAGUUCGCUCUUGAGCUCCGUAGACAAUUCACAACUGGGUAA